AAUUGUAUCGGCCCAGGCAGCCCAACCAGCUACUCGAGAUUUUCGCUGCAAAGGGAGAAAAAAAAUCCGUUCGAUUUCCCUUUUGGAAACUGUGGGCGGCGGUUCCUGCGCGAUUCCGAUGAUGGCCGGCGACGACGACCUCGCCGCCCUGCACGAGCAGGUUGCCCUCGCAUCCUCCGCCUCCGACCUGGACCACGCCUUCCAACUCCAGCUCGCCGAGGCCAUCCAAGCCUCCCUCCUCCACUCAGGAUCCAACGCCGCCUCCUCCUCAUGUCCAUUGCAAGCCGCCCCCGCGCUCCCCGACUUCUCCUCAGACGCUGCCUACGCCUUCGCGGUCCAAGCCGCCGAUCUCGCGCUCGCCGAGCAGGACCGCCGCGACGCCGAGGCCUGCCGCGCCGCCCACGCCCGGGCCGCCGCCUCCGUCCGCGUCGCCGCGCACGACGCCCUCUUCGCGCGCGACCUCGCCGCCAUCCCGGAGGAACAGUGGGCCCACGACGGCGACUACUUCGAGCGCCCCGUCGACUCGUCGCCCCGCCCGCUCUUCCGCAUCUUCUCCAAGGGCAUGGGCAGCAGGGAGGUCAUGGGUCCGCGGGACCGGGACCCCAGCGUCGCGGUGCUCGCGGUGAUUGUCUGCGGGCCGCAGGGGGAGGUGGUGCUCAGGAUACAGAAGCCGGUGGAGCGCUUUGUGGGCGGCCGCAUGAUAGUGGAGGUGAUGGCGCUCAUGGAAGGCCUCGACGCCGCGCUGGGGUUGGGCAUCAGCAGCGUCACCAUUGUCACCGGUUACCGGCCGCUGUACAACCAUAUGCUUGGAAUUUGGCGCCCAUCAGGGAAGAAGCUGGCAGAUAUGAUCAAUCAGGUUCUGUCAGUGCGAAGGAAAUUCGAUCAAUGUGAAGUCUCACUUGUUGAGCCAAGCGAAGUCAGCCAUGUGGUAAAAUUGGCAAGAGAUUCAAUAGCUGUUCAGAUCGCCAAAGCUCUUGCUGCCAAUGCCAGCAAGGAGAAAAGAGAGACCUGCGCCAUCUGUUUGGAAGACACUAACAUUACCAAAAUAUAUGUUGUUGAAGGUUGUGCACAUCGCUUUUGCUUCUCCUGCAUGAAGGAGCAUGUGAAAGUUAAGCUGCUCAAUGGAAUGCUCCCAGCUUGCCCACAAGAUGGUUGCGCCACAAAGCUAAGUGUGGAGGGUUCAAAGAUAUUCCUAUCGCCACGUCUGUUAGGAAUCAUGGUGCAACGCAUCAAGGAAGGACAAAUCCCUCCAAGUCAAAAGAUUUAUUGUCCAUAUCCCAAGUGUUCAGCCUUGAUGUCCUUGGGGGAAGUGAUUCGUCCAAUGCAAGAAUCCUGCUCAAAGUACACGGCUGCUGAUGCUGCCACAUUGAGGAAGUGUGUCCAAUGCAGAGGCUCUUUCUGCAUCAACUGUAAGGUCCCAUGGCAUGAUAGGAUGAGUUGCUACGACUACAAGAGGAGGUACCCUCACGCUCGCCCAGAAGAUGCAAAGUUACAAAACCUUGCGCGGCAGCGGCUGUGGCGCCAAUGUGUGAAAUGCAAGCACAUGAUUGAACUUGCGGAGGGUUGUUACCACAUGAUCUGCGUGUGUGGCUAUGAGUUCUGCUACACAUGUGGGAAAGAAUGGAAGGAGAAGAAAGCAAGCUGCUCCUGCCCGUUGUGGGACGAACACAACAUCAUCAGAGAUGAAGAUGAGGAUGAUGAUGACUACGAGGAAGACGAGGAUGAUGAUGACUACGAGGAAGACGAGGAUGGUGUUUACUAGCUAGUAGGUUGUUGCAAUUCAUUUCUGUUACUGCAACUAUAUACGUACUAGCCCGCCUUGCAGAGUUUCCGUAUCAAGUUGGAACGACUCGUAUGAUGUAUAACCUCAGCAGCAGGUAUGCUACUUUGUUUUUUUUGGAACGUAAUACAGCAAGUUAAAUGCUGUGUGAAACAUGAAUGCAUGGACAAUCUGAGGUUA